CUCCAACCAUGGCAUGCAUUUUUGGGCACCCAAAACCUGAAAUGGGUAUCCUGGCCUGCCGAUGGACAAGGCCCAUCUAGUACCGUCUCCAACAGAGAACCUAAAAAGGGUGCCGACAGUUCCUUCGCGGGAAGAAGAGGAAAAGUUCCCUUUUCGCCUCCAUUCUCCCGCCUUCAUCUCGGCUCCCGCGUUGUGCAGACUCCAUGGGUUUCAGCUGUCCUUCUUGCGGGGAACUGCGACCUACGAGUUGAGCAAACCGGCAUGGCGGCAUGGUAUACGAAGCUUUCAAUGUGUGGGUCGGCCGCGGCUUCAUCGCGGAAGCAGCAGGAGCUCAUCGCUGCAGCAGCAGUUGUUCAGACGUUGGGGAAGAAGAGGAAAUGGGGAGGCUCUGUUCCUGGGCAUGAAACAAAGGAUCGUGACCGCAUCGGUGGAGACAUACGACUGAACAACGACUAUUUUGGUCUGAGGCCACUCUACAACGAGGAAAUAUUCCGUAGAAGGUUCCGUAUGCGCAAGAGUCUAUUUCUGAGGAUUGUGGAUGAUAUGGUGUUGGCAAAUGAUAAAUUCAAACAGAAAAGGGAUGCAACAGGUAAGCUAGGAUUCUCCCCAAAACAGAAGUGCACGGUUGCUUUAAAAAUGCCGGGUUAUGGUUCAAUAGCUGAUGCUAACGAUGAUGGAAUUCGUAUGGGUGAGUCUACAAUAUUUGAGUGCUUGACAGAGUUUGUUAAGACAGUCAUAGCAGUGUAUGGACCAGAAUAUCUUAGACCUCCAAAUGAAACUGAAUUGAAACAUAUCCUAGCAACCAAUGAGGCUCGGGGUUUUCCCGGAAUGAUAGGAAGUAUCGAUUGCAUGCAUUGGGAGUGGGAGAGGUGCCCAACUGCUUUGGCUGGCAUGUAUAAGGGCCACAAGGGGAAGCCAACCAUAAUUCUCGAAGCGGUUGCCACGAAAGACCUCAGGAUAUGGCAUGCAUACUUUGGGCUACCGGGGUCUCACAAUGACAUAACUGUUGUGAAACGUUCACCUAUUUUCGACGAUGUAGCAAAUGGGAGGGCACCUCCAGUUGAUUUCAGUGUCAAUGGAAAUACCUAUAACCUUGGAUAUUAUUUGGCGGAUGGGAUCUAUCCUGAGUGGGCUACCUUUGUGAAAAGCAUUAGCGUUCCAAUUAGCAACAAGCAGAAGGUGUUUGCAAGUCAGCAGGAAGCAUGCCGUAAAGAUGUAGAACGAGCAUUUGGGGUUCUCCAAGCUAAGUGGAAGAUAUUGCAUGCGCCAGCUAGGUUAUGGAGCAGGAGGACCCUCAAUUCUAUAAUGAUUGCAUGUGUCAUACUUCACAACAUGGUAAUAGAGGAUGAGCGUGAUCUGGUUCUUCCUAUGGUUCAUACAUCAGAAUGGCCAGGAGCUGCAAACCCCCCAAUAGCAUCAGUGAGGUCCAAUGCAAGCAUUGAGGAGUUUAUGGAUGCUCUUUCAGAGAUUCAAGACAAAGAAGCAGCUAGAAACCUCAAAGCAGACCUUGUUGAGCACAUGUGGGGACUAUAUGGUUCCAUGUCAGGUCCAUUUGCACCUAAAUCGAAUUCAAGCUGA